GCCUCGAGGCAGAACGGGGGGAGGGGGGGAUGACCGGAAAUCACGGUACCCAUGAUAGUAUAAAAGCUGACGUCGAAAGACUUUGGUUCUCUUUCUGUUACCUGGUAUAGGGGCAGCAGCUUUGGCCGCACAAACCCAGAAACACCGAAACUACAACAAUGGCCAAGGAAAAGACGCACAUCAAUAUCGUGGUCAUUGGCCACGUCGACUCUGGCAAGUCCACCUCCACCGGUCACUUGAUCUACAAGUGCGGUGGCAUCGACAAGAGGACCAUUGAGAAGUUCGAGAAGGAGGCCGCUGAGAUGGGCAAGGGCUCCUUCAAGUAUGCCUGGGUUCUGGACAAGCUGAAAGCGGAGCGUGAGCGUGGUAUCACCAUUGACAUUGCUCUGUGGAAGUUUGAGACCAGCAAGUACUACGUGACCAUCAUUGAUGCUCCUGGACACAGGGACUUCAUCAAGAACAUGAUCACUGGCACAUCUCAGGCCGACUGCGCUGUGCUGAUCGUCGCUGCCGGAGUCGGUGAAUUUGAGGCCGGUAUCUCUAAAAAUGGCCAGACCCGCGAGCACGCCCUGUUGGCCUUCACCCUGGGUGUCAAGCAGCUCAUCGUUGGAGUCAACAAAAUGGACUCCACUGAGCCCCCUUACAGCCAGAGCCGUUUUGAGGAAAUCGCCAAGGAAGUCAGCACCUACAUCAAGAAGAUCGGAUACAACCCCGCGACUGUUGCUUUCGUCCCCAUCUCUGGGUGGCAUGGAGACAACAUGCUGGAGGCCAGUAGCAAGAUGGGCUGGUUCAAGGGCUGGAAGGUGGAGCGCAAGGAGGGCAAUGCCAACGGCACCACUCUGCUGGAGGCUCUGGAUGCCAUCCUACCCCCCUCACGUCCCACAGACAAGGCCCUCCGCCUGCCCCUGCAGGAUGUCUACAAAAUUGGAGGUAUCGGAACAGUGCCCGUGGGUCGUGUUGAGACUGGCAUUCUGAAACCUGGCAUGGUCGUCACAUUUGCUCCCACCAACCUGACCACUGAGGUCAAAUCCGUGGAGAUGCACCACGAGUCCCUCCCCGAAGCCGUCCCCGGCGACAACGUCGGCUUCAACGUCAAGAAUGUGUCCGUCAAGGAGAUCCGUCGCGGUUUUGUUGCAGGCGAUACCAAGAACGACCCCCCCAAGGGUGCUGAUAACUUCAAUGCUCAGGUUAUCAUCCUGAACCACCCUGGCCAGAUCAACGAGGGCUAUGCCCCCGUGCUGGACUGCCACACAGCUCACAUCGCCUGCAAGUUCAAGGAGCUCAUUGAAAAGAUCGACCGUCGUUCUGGCAAGAAGCUUGAGGACAACCCCAAGUUUAUCAAGUCCGGAGAUGCUGCCAUCGUCAAGAUGGUCCCCCAAAAGCCCAUGGUGGUGGAGCCCUUCUCUUCUUACCCUCCCCUUGGUCGCUUUGCCGUGCGUGACAUGAGGCAGACGGUGGCCGUUGGCGUCAUCAAGACUGUGGAGACCAAGGAGGUGAGCGGGAAGACAACAAAGGCCGCAGAGAAGGCCCAGAAGAAGAAAUGAAUGGUCGUGCAGAACAUCCAGCAAGGGGACGUGUGCCGACAGCAGCUGGCCACCCCAUCUUCCCCACUCUCCUCGGCCCACCCCGGAUCAUCUCUGAGGCACAGCUCUCUGCUCAAGGACUGGCUUAUGCUGAUUAAAACUCAUCGCAAAAGU